ACGAGCACGUGACCAGAUGCCAACCAAUCGGGAGGCCGCGCUGACGCCUAACCAACUCGCCAGAUUAUGGUGCGACGACGGCGUCUGCUGGCAAGGAGCGCACUCCGCUUGGGGAAAAAGUCGCCUUGGAGUCGUGGUGUUUUCCCACCGGGGAGGCGUUCUCUUGACUUGCUGUUGGAGAGGUCUUGUGCGAUCCAGUGUUGCCAUGUCGGCAAAAGCCAUCUCAGAGCACACCGGGAAGGAGUUCCUGUCCAAGUAUAUCUGCACCUCGGCGGGAGUGCAGAACCGAUUCCGCUAUGCCAGCGUCACAGCUGAGACCGACUGGGCUCGCCUCACGCAAGAGCAUCCUUGGCUUCUCACGGAAAAACUGGUGGUGAAACCAGAUCAGCUCAUUAAGCGACGCGGGAAACUGGGACUGGUGGGCAUCGACUUGGACCUGCAGGGCGUUCAGGAGUGGCUCAAAUGUCGCCUCAUGAGGGAGACCACCGUGGGCAGGGCAAAGGGUGUGCUGAAGAACUUCCUCAUCGAGCCAUUUGUGGCGCACAAGCAGGAGGAGGAGUUUUACGUGUGCAUUUACGCCACACGUGAGGGCGACCACGUGCUCUUCCACCACGAGGGGGGCGUGGAGGUAGGGGACGUGGAUGCCAAAGCCCAGCGGCUGAUGGUUGCCAUUGAUGACAAGCUCAGUGAGGAUCAAGUAACACGGCAGCUGCUCACACAUGUUCCUAAUGAAACGAAAGGAAUCCUGGCCAGCUUUAUAGUGGGUCUCUUCAACCUCUAUGAGGACCUCUAUUUCACCUACCUGGAGAUCAAUCCUUUAGUUAUUACCCAGGAUGGCGUUUACAUCCUGGACAUGGCAGCUAAGAUUGAUGCCACGGCUGAUUACAUCUGCAAGGCGAAAUGGGGGGAUGUGGAGUUUCCGCCACCUUUUGGUAGAGAAGCUUAUCCAGAGGAAGCCUACAUAGCUGAUCUGGAUGCAAAAAGUGGAGCCAGUCUGAAGCUGACGUUAUUAAACCCUCGUGGCAGGAUCUGGACAAUGGUGGCUGGGGGAGGCGCCUCAGUAGUAUACAGCGAUACCAUCUGUGAUCUGGGCGGCGUGGAUGAGCUAGCAAACUAUGGCGAGUACUCCGGUGCGCCCAGCGAGCAGCAGACGUAUGACUAUGCCAAAACUAUCCUGUCUCUCAUGACUCGUGAAAAACACCCAGAAGGAAAGGUGCUGAUCAUUGGAGGAAGCAUUGCCAACUUUACAAAUGUUGCAGCCACAUUCAAGGGCAUUGUCAGGGCCAUCAAAGACUACCAAGGUCCUCUAAAGGAGCACGAGGUCACCAUCUUUGUACGACGUGGCGGGCCAAACUACCAGGAAGGCCUCAGGGUCAUGGGGGAAGUGGGGAAGACCACUGGUAUUCCUAUUCAUGUGUUUGGAACAGAAACCCAUAUGACCGCCAUUGUUGGUAUGGCUCUGGGACACAAGCCCAUCCCUAACCAGCCGCCAGUGGACGCACAUACUGCCAACUUCCUCCUGAAUUCAAGCAACAAUGUCAUGACUCCGGCUACCACAAGGACCGCCUCUUUCUCUGAAGCCAGGCCGUCCAACGAUAUCACUUCCGCCAAAAAGUGCAAAGCAGGUCUUUCAGCAGACCCUCUUCAUUCACUACUGUGGCCUCUGAAGAAUGUGGUCACAGGUGAUUGGAAAGAAGUGCAGGUCUCUUCAGGUGGCAACAGAGCCAAAGCCACAACGCUCUUCAGCAAGCACACCAAGGCAGUCGUCUGGGGCAUGCAGACGCGAGCCGUACAAGGAAUGUUGGACUUUGACUACGUGUGCUCCCGAGAUGAACCUUCAGUAGCCGCCAUGGUUUACCCAUUCACUGGGGAUCACAAGCAGAAAUUCUACUGGGGCCACAAAGAGAUCCUGUUGCCGGUAUACAAGAACAUGGCCGACGCCAUGAAAAAGCAUCCUGAGGUGGAUGUACUGAUCAGUUUUGCAUCGCUGCGCUCUGCGUUCGACAGCACCAUGGAGACCAUGCAGUACCCGCAGAUUCACACCAUCGCCAUCAUUGCAGAGGGCAUCCCUGAAGCUCAGACCAGGAAAAUUAUCAAGAAGGCAGAUGAAAAGGGCGUCACAAUCAUAGGCCCAGCUACGGUUGGCGGCAUCAAGCCAGGCUGUUUCAAGAUCGGCAACACCGGUGGCAUGCUAGACAAUAUUCUCGCCUCCAAGCUCUAUCGUCCAGGCAGCGUGGCGUACGUGUCGCGUUCAGGAGGGAUGUCUAAUGAGCUGAACAACAUCAUCUCUCGCACUACUGACGGUGCCUACGAGGGCGUGGCCAUCGGAGGAGACAGAUACCCCGGCUCCACAUUUAUGGACCAUGUCCUUCGUUACCAGGACACUGCGGGGGUUAAGAUGAUUGUGGUACUUGGAGAGAUUGGUGGCACAGAGGAGUACAAGAUCUGCCAAGGCAUCAAAGAUGGUAGGAUCACCAAACCCGUGGUGUGCUGGUGUAUUGGAACAUGCGCCACCAUGUUUGCAUCAGAGGUUCAGUUUGGCCAUGCCGGGGCGUGUGCCAACCAAGCGUCCGAAACUGCUGUGGCCAAAAACCAGGCCUUGAGUGAUGCAGGAGCUUAUGUACCUAAGAGCUUUGACGAGCUGGGUAAUGUCAUCAGGACUGUUUAUGAUGAACUGGUGGCCAGUGGGAACAUUGUUCCUGCCCUGGAGGUGCCACCCCCAACUGUACCAAUGGAUUACUCUUGGGCCAGGGAAUUAGGCCUGAUCCGUAAACCAGCCUCCUUCAUGACCAGCAUCUGUGAUGAGCGAGGCCAGGAGCUCAUCUAUGCCGGCAUGCCCAUCACUGAGGUCUUCAAAGAGGAGAUGGGUUUAGGAGGAGUUCUAGGACUGCUCUGGUUCCAACGCAGGUUGCCUCGCUACGCCUGCCAGUUCAUUGAGAUGUGCCUGAUGGUGACGGCUGACCAUGGGCCCGCUGUCUCUGGGGCACACAACACCAUUGUCUGUGCACGAGCCGGGAAGGACCUCAUCUCUAGCCUCACGUCUGGCCUGCUCACCAUUGGAGACCGUUUUGGCGGUGCGCUCGACGCCGCUGCGAAACAGUUCAGCAAGUCAUUCGAUAGCGGUUUGCUGCCUAUGGAGUUUGUCAACAAGAUGAAGAAGGACGGCAAGCUCAUAAUGGGCAUCGGACACCGCAUCAAAUCAAUCAAUAAUCCGGACAUGCGGGUGCAAAUACUCAAGGACUUUGUGAAGCAGCAUUUUCCUUCUACUCAUCUGCUCGACUAUGCCUUAGAUGUAGAGAAGAUCACCACCUCGAAGAAACCGAACCUCAUCCUCAACGUUGACGGUUUAAUUGGUGUUGCCUUUGUGGACCUACUUAGGACGUGUGGUGGCUUCACACGUGACGAGGCAGAUGAAUUUGUAGAGAUCGGCGCACUAAAUGGAAUCUUUGUCUUGGGCCGCAGUAUGGGCUUUAUUGGCCACUACCUGGACCAGAAGAGGCUCAAGCAGGGUUUGUACCGUCAUCCCUGGGAUGACAUCUCCUAUGUGCUUCCUGAACACAUGUCCAUGUAAGAGAUGACCGUUGAGAACGUCGCUCUCACAACUCACCUGCAUAACGUUUACCCUCCUAAUCAAAGAGCAGCCUUUGGUUGGGGAAGGGUCAUUUGAAGAGGCAGGAAUUCUUGAUUGAAAGUUCAGAGUAGAAACAUUACAUCUAGUUUUUAACGGAUUAAAAGGGGAACUAUAUUUUAAGAUUUAGUUUUUGACAAUAUAUAAAAAAAUACUGGAGAAGUUCAGGCCAGAGCACAAGACUUAGUACUUUAAAAAAUCGGAUUACUUCUCUGUUUGUACCACAUGAAAUUGGGUGUUAUAUGUUCAUGCAAGCAAUAUUUGUCUAUUUGGUACUUAACAUUAAUCCUUAUUUAUUUUGUCGCCAUUUGCCUAUUUUAGGCCUUCAGGUGGUACGUAUGUGUAUGUUUUCUAACUAUUGCACCUCAUUUUUAAGGGAACUGCACUUUUUUCGUAGAAUUGUGCCCAUCAUUCACAAUCCUUAUUUGAGACAAGAAAACAUCUUUCUCUUUUUUAUGCAUUUUAAAUGUAAACACUAGCAAUAAGUGUUUAACAAGGCAGAUAAUGGGGAUUCGAUCUAAAAACAUCAAAAAGCUCCAAUGUUUUAUGUACUGUAUAUGCUGGAAGUAUAUAUGUAAUGUAGUAACAGGUACAGUCAUAAUACUAUGUAAUAUUUACUGUAUGUAUUCUGUUCAUUUUAAGCAUUAUAGGAACAUUUUGAUGGCACAUUGAUUUUCCAGAGCGCAUCGCAAUGUAGCUUGCCAACAUAGCCCCCACUUCCUCCCUUACAUCAACAUUAGCUACUACUUAUCAUGACAAACACGAUGACUUAAGAAGCAGAAUAGAUGAAUCCCCUUACCUGCAUUGUUAGCCACCUGUUGCUAGCAUAUGUUUGCGAUUUAGAACAGACAAAAAAAAAAGACAAAUGUGUUCUAGUCUCACAUAGGGAUUGUGAAUUAAAGGCAAUUUUUUUUAAAGAGCAAUUCCCCUUAAGUCAUCCAAACAUGGCUUCAAAACACCUUCAAAGUUUCCAUUUAUGAAUCUCUUGUAAAGAACCAAAGUAGCUUUAUUUUGACAGGACGAGUCAAAACGGGAAUAUAAAGUUGUCAGUAUUGCUUCUAAACCUGGUAAACUCUCUGUGUAAAUGCGGUAACGGACCUUCUAAAAAAGAACAAGAUGUGGAAUGAUGUUAAUGGUGAACAAGCCAAGUGAGUUUCAGUAAUAGAAUCUUUUGGACAUGAAACUAUUGCACAAAUGACAGUGUCCUUGCUUUAAAGAUUUGACUCAAUGUCAAGACAUACUGUAAUUUCCUAAUUUACAACCUGCAUUGUCUGAUAAUUGGUUUGCUUUUAUUUAACUGUGAAAAUGUUUUUUGUAACACGCUGUCAUAGUGGUACAAUAAAACCCUUGUUUUACUUUUUAUUCCA